GUCUAUUAUUGUAAAUAAAUCUAAUUUAUGUAUGAAAGAUCAGUUACCACAGCCCUUUGCUGAAAAAAUAAUUGAUACUAGCAAUUUAGCAACGCAUUUAAUAUAUACUAUGAAUGAUUUAGAAUCUGCGAGCGAUGCCUCGCGUAAAAGAGUUGGGGUUAUUUGGCUUGACAAACCAAAAAAAAUAUGUUUUCUCGUGUUUCCAAAUUCUCAAAGAACGUGUAUUACGCUCAAGAUAUCCCCUCGUCCGAAGGAGAAAUUUAUUGUAAUUCUAAAGACUAUAAGGGGUGAUGAGCCUUUUUCAAUUCAAUCAUGUUAUCGACCGCUACCUUCCCCAACUGUUAAGGAUGAAAUUGCGUAUCCAAUCAAGAUGGUCGUUUGUGCAAACAAAUAUAAUGAAUUACCAGAGAUGUGUAAAAUUCGACCAUAUGUCGGAAUAUAUGGCAAUGAAAAAAUCAUUGAAGUCCAAGAAAUGGUAGCUGCUGUUAAAGCAUUGGGAGGGAUUCAAGACAAGGAGUUUGAAAAUAAUAUGAGUUAUGUUUUAAUUCAUGUAGACAAAAUUAAUCAAAUCAACUAUAUACCUCGUCUCGUUGAAUUAAAACGCACGAAAUGCAAAUUCCUUCAGUUUGGAUGGGAUUCUAUGUCUCCCGAUUCAAAAUUAAAAGAGAUUUUUCCACAGGGUGGGAUAGUUACUGUCACACCAAAGGUUCUAUACUAUCGUGAGGUGAAUUAUCUCGAUAGAAUUUGGGCGAUUAAAAAUUUGCAAAAAAUAGCAAAUAAUGCUAUUUGGAGUAUUCAUAUUCAUCCAAACAUGGUUAAAUGCCUGGAAAGUAUCGCAAAUCAGGAAAGGUGCAAGAGGGCUGUGGAAUCUAGCAUUCAUCUGAAAAGUUUGUAUAAUCUAGGGAGGUUUGAUUAUUUUGAUGACAAUGAAAUUUUGGAAUCCGAGAAAAAUAUAUCUGCCCACUCUUUAUAUAAUGCUAUGUUGCGCCUGCAUAAGAUUUACGCAGGGUAUUUCCGUCAUUUUGUUAUUGUUCAAGAUGAAUCCGAAAUAGAUGAACCAAAUAUUCAAAUACCUGGUGUCGAAAGGAUGACUUUUUCGGAAUUUAGAUCGAUAUUUGGAUCGCAGUGA